AUGGCCACCGCAGUUGAAUUGCUCCCCAGAGAGUACGGCUAUGUAGUCCUUGUUCUUGUUCUCUACAUCUUUCUCAAUUUCUGUAUGGCUGGCAAAGUAGGCAAGGCCAGAAAGAAAGUAAUGUACAAGGUGCCUUAUCCAACCCUGUACGCUUCAGAAUCCGACAACAAAGAUGCAAAAGUUUUCAAUUGUGUUCAGAGAGGCCACCAGAACUCUCUGGAAUUGAUGCCUUUGUUCUUUGUGCUUCUGUUAUUGGGAGGUCUUAAACAUCCUUGCAUCUCAGCUGGCCUUGGUCUGCUCUACAUUGUCACCCGCUAUUUCUAUUUCAAAGGCUACUCCACCGGCGAUCCCGAGAACCGCCUUGCCGUCGGGAAGUACGGGUUCUUAGCUCUGUUGGGGCAUAUUGUGUGCACAAUUUCCUUUGGGGUCACUCUUCUUCUCCGAGGAUAA